UCCUUGUGUGUAGAGGGGGAAAGUCAAUUCUAAAUUGGUUGGUGGGAGGGUGGCGUGCAGGCAGUGUAAGAAUGUCAUGGGCUGCUUAUUGUGGGAUUUGCUGUAGAAAGAUAGGAACUUUUCGGUCAGCUGCUAAAACAGACAAAUUUUGGAAAGAUAUCAGGAAAAUUGCAAAGGCAACUGGCUCACUUAUUUUAGGGGGUUGUGUCUUUGCUACAUAUGAACUUCUUACUUUGAAGAAGUUGUUCUCUUUUGAUACCCAAGUAGUACAGCAAGAAAAAUUGAAAUCCUACAUUUAUUUGCAAACGUCUUCUUUGGAUCCAAAUGAGCAUCACGGGCUAACAUAUCAAGUGAGAAAGGAACUUCACAGAGCUGCAAGGAAAAUACUAGAAACAAAUGCCAAAAUUUUUCGAUGGCCUUUUCAAGACUCUGUCAGUCCAUUUGAUGCCGAAGAGUAUGACAGCGCCUUGUGGCUCCUUCUCAAAAGAAGCCAAGUGGAAGACAAAACAGUUCGAGUGCAGGCUGUGCAGGAUCUUGUCUCCAAUCAUUUCUGGCGAGAUUAUCAGUACAGAACAGCUGCCCAAGCUGUUGAUCAGAGAACUGCAAUUGGUUUAGCACGAUGUAAAGAUGUUGACCUGCGAUUUUUCCUGCCACCACCUUCUUUACUAAAGUCAAAAGGUAAGUGUUCUUUGGAAGAUGAGCUUCGAGUGCUGUUGGCAGCUUUACCUCAGACAGAUUUUGACCCUUGUGUACAGUAUUUCACAUCUUUGGCUUUAAGAGAAAGCAGCCAGACCAUUGCUGCACAAAAGGGGGGCUUAUGGUGUUUUGGGGGAAAUGGUCUACUUUACUGUGAAAGUCUCGGUACUGUUCCUGGUGACACAGUAGAGCUCUUUUGCUUGCAAGCCUUAGUGCAACAUUCCAAGAUUCCUACUCAUUGUGAUAAAAUUGAAUCACAUGGUGGGCUUCAACUGCUGCAAAAACUGUACCAGCUUCGUAAAGAUUCUGCAAAAAUACAAAGGAGCAUAAUUCACAUAAUUGGAAACAUGGCACUAGAUGAACGACUUCAUUCAUCUAUAUUUCGUGCAGGUUGGGUUUCAGUGUUAGCUGAAGUCAUGAAAUCUCAGCGUAUCAUGGAUUCUUCACAUGCAGCAAGAACCCUGGCCAACCUAGAUAGGGAAACAGUACAUGAGAAGUAUCCAGAUGGAGUGUAUCUUCUACAUCCACAAUGUCGAAGCAGUCAGCCCAUUAAAGCCGAUGUCCUUUUUGUUCACGGUCUUCUGGGGGCAGCAUUUAAAACAUGGCGGCAACAGGAUAUUGAGCAGUCUGCAGAUGAGAAAGAAUUGGAUAUAGAAGAUGACUAUAGUGAAUGUUGGCCAAAGACAUGGUUAGCAUCUGACUGUCCUAUGCUUAGAAUUAUAUCUGUGGAAUAUGACACCCACCUGAGUGACUGGAGAGUAAAGUGUCCUGUGGAGAGCUACAGGGAAUCUAUUGCCUACAGGAGUUCUGAGCUUCUCAAGAAACUAAGAGCUGCAGGUAUUGGAGACAGGCCUCUUAUAUGGAUGUCACACAGCAUGGGAGGCCUUCUAGUCAAGAAGAUGCUGCUGGAUGCUUCCAAGGACCCUGAAAUGGAUUCCAUUGUAAACAACACCCAGGGAAUUGUAUUUUAUAGUGUCCCUCAUCAUGGCUCUCGGUUGGCUGAAUAUUCAAUAAAUGUUAGAUUUCUGCUGUUCCCAUCUGUGGAAGUUAAGGAACUCAGCAAAGAUUCUCCUGCUCUUAAAGCCCUGAAUGAUGACUUUAUCUCAUUUGCAAAGGACAAAAAUUUUCCUGUAUUAAGCUUUGCAGAAACAUUACCAACACGAGUUGGCAGAAUGCUGAGCCUGCAUGUGGUACCAGUGGAAUCUGCAGAUUUAGGCAUAGGAGAACUCAUUCCAGUAGAAGUUAGCCACCUGAAUAUCUGCAAGCCAAAGAACAAGGAUUCAUUUCUCUACAGGCACACCUUAAAGUUUAUUCAAGAAACUUUAGCAAAAGAUCUGAGAAAUUGAUGAACUACUUUGUUAUAUUUCAUGUAAUUCCCACAAACCACUGUGAUGGAGCUGUUCUUGUAGGGGUAUGGAGGUGAAACACUGGGUUUUGUUUCUGGCAAUUUGGUCUUGGGCAUCUUAUAAUUGCAGAUGUUUAGAGUGUGUUUAUAAUAUGAAAAUGCAUGAAUUAUAAUUUCAUACAUGUCAAAAAGAAAAGUAAUUGUAGCUCUUGUUUUCUGUGCUCUUGUAUUUACCUAACUGGGAAUGUAGAAGAGGGGAAAAUAUUUUUAAAAACGUGCCAAGAAGCACCUGCUGGCCAAUAGAAAACACAGAAAUGCCCUUUUAACCAAGCAUCUGAAGGGAUACUACCAUGCUCUUCAUGGUAGUACUUGGAAGGUGAACAUGGGUGAAACUUCCAUGGAUACUGGGUGAAACUUGGGUGAAACUUCCAUGGAUACUACCAUGCUCUGCAGGUAGUACUUGGAAGGUGAACAUGGGUGAAACUUCCCGCAUACAUGUACCAUAGGUAUCUAAUGCACUAGAACGCAGCAUCUUACCAAGCUCUACUUCUAUACAUCAGCACAUCUGGAAUAGAAAUACCAUGCUAUCUAAUGUCAAAACACAUCAUAAACCAAAUAGAAGAAAAGUAGCCCUGGUGAUGUUUGGGAUGAAAACUGCAGAGGUUUCAGGGAACCAUUUUAUUAUUGAUUUUCUGUACUCCUUUCACUGAAUCAAAGAAAGGAGUUUUUAAAUUGUUGCUUUCAUUGACUUUAUCUUGUCUAAAAGUCUCUAGAAUAAGAAUUAAUGUCUAAACCUUUCAGGAGCAUUGUGUUAAUUCACAAUUCAUUCACUAACUCAAAUGUUGGCUAAUGCCAACAUUGUCUCACCUUCCUUGAAUGGGCAGUAUUUUGUAUACAAGAAUUUAGCACAGUUCCAAGAUUAAUGCUCAAUGAGUUCAUCACCCCAAGCUAUGGAUAGUACUAAGCAUGGUUUCAGUUUUCAAAACAAGCAAAAUGGUGGUAAAGACCUCCUUUUUUGCUUUCAGUUUCUAUCUUUAUAAUUUCCCCAACUGUGGAUGCAAUGGCUGUGAAGCAAAAUAAUCAUGGUUUGUCAUGUCAAACGUCACAUCAAACCAAAGUUAGCAAAACCUAUUCCUCUGGCCUCCUGGCCAUUAGCAAUCCACGUUUUUUCUGUUCAGACAUUACACCAAACGACAGUUAAAAGUUUUCGUAACCCUUGUUUGCAUAAUACUUGCAUUGAACUAGUCCAUUUAACAGGAAUACAAAAGACAUCAAACAUUAGAUUAUCGAACAGAAGCCCUUUGUGGGCAAAAGUUGAUCUGUAACCUGCUAAAGUAUUGCCUUGUUUGGAAAUGUUGCAUUUAUUUGUAAAGUUGAUGAAGCUCUCACAAGCCCUUACAAAGCAUGUAAGUUUACAAACUGUGCUCCAGUUUACAUUGUAAUAUCAUUUAUGUAAUAAUGAACUGUCCUUUGUACUACGUGUGGUUUUCAAAUAAAACGGAAAAGUCUUAA